AUGAGUGUGGUGGAUGAUGAGGUGGCAAAUUUAAAUAUUGCCACCUCAUCAUCCACGACACUCAUCGAUUUACACUUCCUUAUCUCUGUCUCCAAAGAACAAAUUUAACAACAACAACAACGCCGGGAACUGACCUCGUCAAGUAAUGGUACGGCAGUUGCCGGUGAAUGUUCAGAUGUCACUGCUGCAAGAAAUAUUGCCACUUCGUCAUCCAUGACACCCAACGGUCCACAACCAUGUUUUCCCUUAUCGUUACCUCCAAAGGACAAAUUCAAACUUGCUGUCGGUAAUUCUGCUAAUGGUUUUUCAAAACGUCAGUCGCGUCGUACGGUGACAGUAUUGAAUGGUAACUGUCAGGUGAGCUCUGUGGAAAAUGACCGUUACCAACUAUCCAGACAAGAUGCUUCUGUUAGCCACGCUCGACGAAGUCCUUUAGGAAGUUGCUGUCGUAUGACUGUUAUAGUAAAACAAUGCAAAGUGCAAAGCUUUGAAUGCAAUUUGAAUGAAAUUGGACGAAUGUGA